AUGUGUCUGAACACUGGAUAUCCGUGUGAAUGUCUGACCACUGGAAAUCAAUGUGAACCAUGCAGGAUGACAGCCAAAGACAAGGACACGGAGGAGACCAGCCUGUCCAACAAUGUCAGCAUAGCGGGCCAAGCGGACGUCUCUCAGAGCGAACUGGACCAGUCCCUCUCUGUGAGCGGUGUGGUGAAAGACCGUGUCCGAAACUGGGGCUGGUUGGUGUCUGGGAUCAUCGCCCUCAACGUACUUUUCCUGGGCUGUGCCUUGGUCAGCGGCACUGCCUACAACAAGGUGGCCAUCGGCUCCGCUGACAUGCAGAUCUAUCUCAUCAUCCUCCUCCUGCUCACCCUCAUCUGGAUGCUUCAGUACAGCAUCUACACAUUUAGGGACGACCAGGCUGUCCUUUACCAGGAUGGUCACGCUGGGCCUAUCUGGCUUAGGGGAGGACUUGUGCUGUUUGGCGUCCUCAGUCUUAUCAUGGACAUUUUCAAGAUUGCGAGCUACGUGGGCUACCUCCACUGCGAUUCCGCCGUGAAGGUUGCCUUCCCUGUUGUGCAAGCUGUAUUCAUACUUGCCCAGACAUGCUUCCUGUGGAUCCAUGCCAAGGACUGCAUGCAACUACAACGGAACAUUACACGUUGUGGCCUGAUGCUGAUGUUCUCUACAAAUCUUGUUAUGUGGAUGAUGCUAGUGACGGAGGAGUCCGUCCACCAAACAAGCAUCCCAGACUAUACAAACACCACCACUAAACUCUCUGCCCGAAGCAUAUACAUGAGAGCAAGUUACGGAGAUGACAAGUGUAAGUGCAGCCACUCUUCAUGCAGCAUGUUCAAGAAGGCCUACUACUACCUGUACCCUUUCAACAUUGAGUACAGUCUCUUUGCCUCUGCCAUGGCAUAUGUUAUGUGGAAAAAUGUCGGCCGAAUAGCAGAUGAACACAACCAUCACAGCGCCAAGUUCUGCCUCAAGGGUAUUUUUCUUGGACCCAUAACAGGAAUUCUAUUGGUCUUGGCGGGUCUGACAACCUUCAUAGUCUAUGAAAUAGAUGUGGAAAAGGAGGACUAUAAGAGGAGAGAUGAAGCGCUGAUGAUGUACUUUAUAAUGAACGUUGUGAUCAUGAGCCUGAUGUCUGUCGCCACUGUGGUUGGCUGUGCCAUCUACAGGCUGGACCAGAGAGAGCACGUCUCUGAGAAGAACCCGACACGCAGCCUGGAUGUGGGGCUGCUGGUCGGAGCUUCGAUGGGGCAGUUCAUCAUCAGCUAUUUCACCAUUGUGGCCGUGGUGGCAACUGGCGCCAAGGGUCACUUGAAUGCCAUCAAUUUGGCCUUGGCCAUCCUGACCGUUGUCCAGCUCGGCCUGCAAAACUUCUUCCUCAUCGAGGGCCUCCAUCGGGAGCCCUUCCACGAGACACACCCGGUCAGCGUGUUCACGAAUCCGUACGUGCUCCAAGCCAGCAAAGAGCUGAGCAGCCUCGAAGGCUCGGACAUGGACACCAAGCCCAGCCCAGAGUUCACGCCUCACAUUCAGCCCGGCCACAUUCCUCCGACCGAGCACACCACCGAGCACCGACUCAAGCUCAGCUGGAAGAGAAGGGUGCUCAAAGAAGUCUGCUCCUUUCUUCUGCUUGCCAACAUCAUUCUCUGGAUCAUGCCCGCAUUCGGUGCUCGCCCCCACUUUGACCACAGCGUUGAAACGGAUUUCUACCAAUUCACCAUGUGGGCUGCUGUGGUGAAUAUCGGACUGCCUUUUGGAAUCUUCUACCGCAUGCACUCAGUGGCCAGCCUCUUUGAAGUAUACGUAAACUCAUAACCUCAUCGCCGGAGGAGAGUCCAUGUUAUUAAAAAGAGUUCUGAAUAAAUUAUUGUUUCGAAGAUGCUGUUAUCUCUUGAUGAAGCUGUAGAAACAAGCUCACUCGGUCGUCAAAUGUCAAUACUGUGUUGUUUUUUCCUCUCAUGUGAUGCAUUAUUAUUGCAUUGUUGCAUUUGA